AUGCUGAGGAGACGAGGUUUCUUAGUUCUUACCUGGAGAACAAACAAAACCAAGAAAGACAAGGUGCCCCCAACAGUUCCUGGAGGUGAAUUAUGUGACCCCUUUCAAAGAAUGGUCUGCCAGAGAGGUAGUGAUUCAGGUGUAGUGCCUCAAAGUCUCAAUUUAGUGACUAACAAGUAA